AAAAAAAAUUAAGGAAUUUCCAAGUCGUCACCGAAAAAAAAGAAACUCACUUCUCGAUACAUACCCAACACCUACUUUGCAGAGCAAUAAGAAAAAAAACCACUUCAUCGAUAUCGUAACUUACUUAGGUAGCUUUACGAACUUUAUACGAUUCCUUAUUGUUAUGCGAUCUUGUGGGAGCAUUCUAUGCAACAUAUAGAUCGUUUGACAACAACUUCUAUUACCCGAGCAUUCACACCCACAUUCACAUUUACGUAUGCAUGAACCCAUAUGCCUCUAAGCCCCUAAGCCCCUGAGCCCCGAGCCGCCUCGUAACCUUGAUAUUGUCAUUCAUCGCGCGUCACAACACUAAACUCGAAGCUAAACAGGAAUCCGCUUGAAUCCCCUCAACCCCUCCGAGUAUCUUGAUUCUCACCUAAGCUUUAAACGUCUGCGCACACGCCUACGAACAUUGAACUUCGAACAUCCUGUUAUUGUUACAGGCCAUAUUUCUUGUAGAAAUACUACCAGCCUUUCCACAUCCGUGAGAAUGCCGUCAAAUCUCCCUUCAAGUUUCGCCUCAGCUGCUGCCGGACAGAACCCGAGCCGUGACACAAGACCAGGCGCUAGGAACGAUGGUCGAGGGAACGCCAGCGGAGAAUGGUCUCGUCCGGCACGAUCUGCUAAUGGCGGUACUCUUACGUUCCGCCGGACGUCGACUACUCCUUCGAGUCAAUCCCUAAAUCAGAUGCAAAGUUCCGAAACGCUCCAAUCGGCUGCUGCUGACCCUGCCGUCAUAUCUGCUAUGCCGGUCGGCUCCACUAACGUCGAAAGUUCGGGUACUCUGAGAUAUUCUAGGGAUCAGCUACUCUCGAUUUUCAGUACGGCCUACGAUCCUAGUUCCCAACGACCUGAUAUAUCCACCUUGUUCGCACCUGGGUGGAAUCCGGGGCACGCCAAUGGCUCCGCGUCUAGGGGAUGGGGUAAGACCGGCGACUCCCAUGUAGCUCCACAAGAGCCAGAUAUUUGUUGGGACACUCCGGGGUUGACUAAAGCUGUCGGCCUACAGGAGAUGAACGCGGAGGAAAAGGAGUUAUUCGCAUCUGAUGUUAAUUCUUCUAUAAAGCCGCCAGCUCAGAAUAAAGAUGGGAAUCAUCCCGGAGGAGGGGUAAAUGGUCGAAAGACUUCACUCUCACAUGGAAGCUCCACUAACUUCGGACUCUCUUCACCUUCGGCUUCGUCGAGGCCUGGUACAAGACGGCGUGAAACUACCGACACGAAUCCUUAUUCCGGCGGUGGCGGCUUGACCUCUCCGGCGUCCGCGACGCGUCCCCCCCGAGACGAUUCAUCACACUGGUUUGGCCGAAAAAAUACGGACGCGAAGGACUUGACCUUUGAGGAGCCUGAAGAGGACACCAAUGCACGCGACGCUUCUGCCAAGACUCUGCCUUUCGGUGGAUUGAUGCGUAACAAUACGAUCCCAGGCUCUGGGCUCGGCGGUACGUCCCCUUGGCAAACGUCAACGUCAACGUCGGCGUCGGCGGCGACCACGUUACCUGGCAUAGGUAGUUUUGGAAAUUUCGCCCUACCGGGUUCUACUAUCGGGGAGAAGCGGUCUGGAAACCCACGUGGCGAAAGUCGCUUGGCGCAUUUGAUUCCUAAGGAAAGCUCCGAUAGUAUCGCGACAAAAUCGAAUGAAAGCUCCGCGCCAGAUUCAAAUCGCCUGUGGCGUCCUCGACAACGUACUGACACCGACCCUUUUGGCGAAGACAGUGUCUCGGGCAGCGCUGUGUUAGGAGGUGCUCAAGAUACAAGCCCCCCUCCGAUGUCUCAUCUGUCUCUUCAUGCCCCUUACGAUACUCCAGUGAAAGGUUCUACGGGAGAUUUUGGAAUGGCCAGCCUCAACUUGGGUGGCAACAUAGAACACGAACAAGCCCCUCUAAGUCCGUCAGAAACGAACCCUUUCCGAAGUCCUCCGGGCGAGCGUGGUGAACAUGAGGACAUCGGUGAUAGGCAGCAUGGCUCUAUCGGUGUUUCUGAUCACGUCUCCGGUUUCAGUGGAGGGGUGCCACGCUCCUUUGCCCAUGCGGGAUUUGAUGGUAGUGAUCGCAGCCAGACUUCUAGUGUCGGGGCAAAGGUUUAUCCACCUCUAAGCAACCUCACUGGUUGGCCAUCCUCGAGUACCCCGGAUCGAGAGCGUGCGCCUUUCACUAGCUUUGGCGGUUCCUUAUUUGGCACUGUUGGUGACCUUCAGUCCCCUAGUCUAGGGAAUCUUGGCGGCGUCUUUGGACCUUCGAGUGCGGGAGGCUUCGGCGGUUCCGGGUCCUUUGGUCGAGCGAGCAAGCUUGGUUCGUUGUUCCCUCCGGCGAUGCAGGCGCAGAUGCAGUCCCAGGACAAUGAAAGUCUGGGCGACUCGAUACCGGAGCUUCGUCAACCAAAUCCGCUAGGUGCUAUCGGCCGUACCGCUCCCGGCGACCAUGCUCGGGAAACUGAUAGCCCUAUGCGAGCAGGCAGAGGAAUUUUUUCCGAGAUGUUUGCCCAGGCCGAGCCUAGUCGAACUCCGGUGAGCUCUGAACCCUUACAUGGUGGCAUCUCAAGUGCCCCCCAUAGCCAGGCCUUCACGGCAACCAGUACUGCGCCAUCGUACCCCGCCGGCCAGACAUCUGAUCCCCCCUCGGUCCAGUCCCGCACUAUGGUCAUGCCCGACCGGAUGAGAUGGGUGUAUCUUGAUCCUCAAGGUCAUCAGCAGGGUCCGUUCACCGGGCUGGAAAUGAAUGAUUGGUACAAGGCCAAUUUCUUCACUCCAGAUUUACGAGUUAAGAAAUUAGAGGACUCGGAAUUCGAGCCGUUAGGGCAACUGAUAAGGCGCAUUGGUAACUCUCGUGAGCCCUUCCUAGUUCCUCAGAUCGGCAUACCUCAUGGCCCACCAUCGCAAACCGGCCCGUUCUCGAAUUCGGGAGGCGUGAUCCAGCCACCACUCGUCAAUGCAUUCCCCAGUUUUGGUAGGACCUUGACAGCGGAAGAGCAGAAUAAUCUCGAGAGAAGAAAACAAGAAGAGCAGUAUCUGAUGGCCCGUCACCGCGAAUUCUAUGCUACCCAGCAAUCUAUGGCUAGGGUUCCCAUUCCUAGUGUUCCGGGAUUGCACCAUCAUUCCAGCGCCCACAGUCUGCAGAGCCAGCCAAGUUUCGGUAGUAUUACGUCUCCUAUCACGAUGCCCCCGCAACCUCCCAUCGGCGCCAUCGGAACUGCGGGUUCUUUUUUCGACACGCCAGCUACACAUCAAGCCGCGGUACAAGGUAGUUCUGGACAAGGGUUAGACAUGUUUAGAGAGGAUGAACUUGCUCGUCUAUCAGGGCCAGAACGCCAGAUGUUAGCUGGCCUCCACAGUACCGGGGCGGUAGGCGGCAACCUCCCCCCGCAGCCUAUUGGGGCUCCCACUUCAGAAGCAGGCGUGCGAAGCCAGCUCCCAGGUUCUAGCGAGCUGGUUGAAGACACUGAAGGGUUUCGAGGAAGGUUGCAAGAAUUCGAAAAGCUUAGGGCGCAGCAUGAUGCCGAAAUGAUGGAGCGACAAGUCUCACCUCUUCGCGAUGUCAGUAAUGAGCAAAUGUCUAAGUUAAGCCCACCUGUUCAAAAUGCUGAACCCGGGUUUUCUAAACAAUCUCCCGACGCGGAUACUACUCACCGUCAGGCCGAAGCAGACCAGUCGGUUUCUUUGACUAAGCAGUAUCAGCAGGCGCAAGCCGCUGCAGCCGCUGCAAAGGUUACCGGGCUACCAAUGCCUUUCCCACCACCCCCGUCUGCUACUCCUUUGCCGGCUCCCGCUCCUCAGCGGGUUAAGUCUAAUCUACCCGAACAAUAUGCUACAAGCUCCCGAUCCGGUACGCCUGAUAUCACACCGUCAUCUGCAACAGCUCAGCCGCCGCCUCUCGCGCCGUGGGCUAAAGAGGUUGGCAUGGAGUCGCACAAGGGCCCUAGCCUCAAGGAGAUCCAGCAGGCAGAGGCUCUAAAGGCCGCCAAGGCCGAGGAAGCUGCAGCACUUGCCCGCCGUGUUAUGCUUGAGCAGGAAGCAGUACGAGAACGUGAAAAGGCCGCUGCCGCUGCUCCGGGUCUCCCUACAACUAGCACGUGGGGAACCGCAUCUCCCGUCAAUCCCGGGACGAGCAGUAGUCCUUGGGCGAAGCCAGCCCCAGGGAAGGUACCCGUAUCUGGACCAGUGGUCCAGACACAAGUCUCGGAUAAAAAGAAGACACUAGCCGAUAUCCAACGCGAAGAAGAGGCUCGCAAGCAGAAAGCGAAGGACGCGGCCGUACAAGCUGGACUCGCAGCUAGCGCUGGAAAGCGUUAUGCUGAUCUCGCUAGCAAGCCCAAUUCGGUUCCUGCACCUAGUCAAACACCCACAGCCAAUACGUCAGGGUGGGCUACCGUCGGAGCUGGCGGUAAGGUUAAACCACCGACCGGUCCUGCUUCCCAAGCGCGGCCUUCGAGCGCGGCGAAGCCAACGCCUGCUGUAGCGGCUCCUCCACCACGACCGGCCGUCGCCAAACCCGCAAACCCGAUAGUCGGCGCCACCCACACAGAAGCUAUGGAUGAGUUCAAUAAAUGGCUCCAUGUUCAGUUGGCUAAAGGAAUAACGGGUGUUACGGACAUUGAGGCCUUUGCCAACACGCUCAUAGGGUUCCCUCUAGUGGGCGAUCUUAUAUCGGAUGCGAUAUACGCUAACUCUAAAACGAUGGAUGGACGUCAUUUUGCGGAGGAGUUCAUCCGUCGCAAGAAGCUAGCCGACCGAGGUGUAGUUGAGAAGCAGCCUGCAAAGAGCCCCUCGGUGGACACACAGUCUAGCACGGCUGGAGGUUGGAACGAGGUGGCUAAGAAGAGCAGCCACAAGGAGCCUGGUAGCGAUACCAACUCGAUGCAGGGUGCCGGCUUCAAGGUAGUUCCUGGGCGCAAGAAGGGAAAGAAAUGAUGGAUUCUAAAUGUUGAAUCUAAUGGCUGACGAGCUCAAGCAUAUGAGUGUCAGGGGUUAUGGGCUCUGAUGAGAUGUAAUGAAAAUCCAUGUGUAAAGGAGUUGUUCAUGUAUAGUAGCAAGGAUCGGCCCCUUCCACGAUGGAGUGCGCAGACGAUAAUUGAUGUAAAGAUGAAUGAUAAGAAUUGCUUCUACGUUUAGGAGCUAUAUACGUUUGUGCUCAAA